AUGCCCGCCGUCACCCGCUCCCUCGAAAAUGCGGUCCUUCAAGCCCAUCGUGCAAAGGGAGUGCGCUACCCAACAGCCAAUCAAAAAGAAUGCUUUAAGACCUGGUAUUCGUAUGCACUCCGUCAGGGAGAGGAGAUUAGGGAGCAGGCGCCUGGAGGCAGGACAUAUCUUUAA